AUGAAGGAUGGAACGGCCGAGGCUCUACCCCCUCUUCAACCAAGACAGAGCCAAGAAUCCAAACUAGUGAUGGAAGUGGACGUCCCAUCCUCGGCUCCUCAUAGAUCCAUUUUCGAUUUCAAAGAACCUACCCCUGCUCUAAGUUCCAACCCAUUCACCCCAGCCUCGGCUCACCAAUCCAUUUUCGAGUUUAAGAAAGUCGGUACUUCAGCGUUUGCCCCGACCUCGGCUCAUCAAGCAUCAAUGUUCGAUUUUCAGCACGUGGGCACUUCAACGAAUGUGCCGCCUGUUUCCCCGUCCUCGGCUCAUCAGCGAUCGAUUUUCGAUUUCCAGAAGCCUGGCAGAUCUCCACCAGCCUCGGCUCGUCAGGCAUCAAUUUUUGAUUUUCAGCAAGUGGGCACUUCAACGAAUGUGCCGCCUGUUCCCCCGUCCUCGGCUCGUCAGCCAUCCAUUUUCGAUUUCCAAAAGCCUGACAUCCCUGCACCAGCCUCAGCUCGUCAGGCAUCGAUUUUUGAUUUUCAGCAAGUGGACACUUCAACGAAUGUGCCGCCUGUUCCCCCGUCCUCGGCUCGUCAGCCAUCCAUUUUCGAUUUCCAAAAGCCUAACAACCCUGCACCAGCCUCGGCUAAUAAAGGAUCCCCUUUCGAUUUUCAAGUCCAUCGUUCAUUUACCCCGGCCUCGGCUGUUCAGCCUUCCAUUGAUUUUCAAACACCUGGCACGUCUGCUCCAGCUCCUGCCUCUGACAAACCAGGCAUGUCUUCCCCUGGCGCCUCAAGGUUCAAUAGUACUCUGGGAUCACGGAAGUAUCUCACUGGUCCUUACCAUAUUUUAUCAUAA